AAAUUAUAAUAAUUGGUACCUAAUCGCUUCCUAAUUUGGUAUUUUUUUUUUUUGUUUUUUAGAGAUGUUUUGGAAAAUUGUUUUAUUGAUUAUUCCCAUAUUGAUGCUUACAAAUUCACAUUCACACCCUGUGAAUUUGUAUGAUGAAGACAUCGAAGGAAAUGCCACCGAUACUUCUUUAAUCGACUCAGACGAUUAUGAUUAUCCAGAGACUAGCACCGCCGAUUCCAUUAUUAUGACUACCACGAUAAAACUGAAUCGUUUAGAGACCAAUACCACAGAUGUGAGUUUUAAAACCAUCGAGAGUGAUGCUUUCAUGAGUUUGACUUCCGAUGUUAGUGAUGAAAUCACCCAUUCCGAGGAUGAUGAUUCUGCGAGUACGACAACAGUUACACUACCAAAAGCAAAAAAUCUCAACAAAAGCGCGAAUUCUCUUGAUACUGGUGUAAUCAAGCCUAUAAAUGAUGCUGAUUUUACGAAUGCAGCAGUAGCUCACCAAACAAUGUCUGGAAAUCAAAAUAAAACAAUAUUGUUUCGAACGUUAGUUUACGAUGGUUCCUUGAUCGUGGAGAAAUUACAGCACAUAAAAAUUGCUCAAAAAAUUCCGCUGUUCUUUCGUCUAGCUUUGAACAGCGUUCAAAUUAUGGAUGACUCAUAUGUAAUAAAGCCACCGGCUCAGAACGAAGAAUUCACGACGACCGAUUCUAACUCGAAUGUAUUUUGA